AUGGUGAGUUCAAGUCCACGUCCCCUGUACAAAGUCAACAAGAAGCGCCCCGGCGCGGAGCGUCGCAACGCAACCACUGUCCCCUUCCCUUUUCCGCGGAGACGAUGCCUAACGGGACUUAACCCCCAGUCGACGCCCACCCCGCCGCCCCUUCCUGGUGGUGGGUUCAACAACACCAGCUCGGCCCUCUCGGCGCAUCACGCAACGACCACGCACGCCCCGCCGCCGCCGUCAUCCGAGACAGGCCAAGAAGCCACGACGAAGCUCGCCGAGGCGAUUGACGACUUUUUGGGCGAUCUGGAGAAGAAAUUCAAGGGCAUCAGUGACGAGAUCCUCACCAAGCUGGACGAUAUGGCGGAGCGGUGUGACCGGUUGGAGCAGGAGAUGCUCGUGAGGGAGACGAGCAGUAAUGCGCUGGAGGGGGUCGGGGCGAAGGGGCCGGGCAGUCAGGCUGGGCCGGGGUGA